UUCCCUCCCCUCGGAGGGGGAAGGAUGGGUGGGGAAAGCGCGAGCUCACGAAAGCGAGGCGAGGAGGAAUCCCACAAUACCAGGCGGGCUGCGAGUCCGGCGCUGCCGCUGUCUCUUUAAUGCAAGAGGAAGCGAUGCGGAGGGGUGGAAAAUGGCAGAGUUGCAGAUGUUGCUAGAGGAGGAAAUCCCUUCUGGCAAGCGGGCUCUGCUCGAGAGCUACCAGAACCUCACUCGAGUCGCCGACUACUGCGAAAACAAUUACAUCCAGGCUCCAGAUAAAAGGAAAGCAUUAGAAGAGACCAAAGCCUACACAACUCAAUCUCUAGCCAGUGUUGCUUACCAGAUCAAUGCACUGGCCAACAAUGUCUUACAACUGCUGGACAUCCAAGCAUCCCAGCUACGGAGGAUGGAGUCCUCCAUCAACCAUAUCUCCCAGACUGUGGACAUCCAUAAAGAAAAGGUCGCUCGCAGAGAGAUAGGCAUUUUGACGACCAAUAAGAACACAUCGAGAACUCACAAAAUUAUAGCACCAGCGAACAUGGAACGUCCCGUAAGGUAUAUUCGAAAACCUAUAGACUACACAGUGCUGGAUGAUGUUGGCCAUGGCGUAAAGUGGCUAAAAGCCAAGCAUGGAAAUAACCAGCCUGCAAGAACUGGCACCUUGUCAAGAACAAAUCCGCCUACACAAAAACCACCAAGUCCUCCCAUGUCAGGCCGGGGAACUCUGGGACGAAAUACUCCUUACAAAACCCUGGAGCCAGUCAAACCGCCAACAGUCCCCAAUGAUUAUAUGACCAGUCCUGCUAGACUGGGCAGUCAGCACAGUCCAGGAAGGACGGCUUCCUUGAACCAGAGACCAAGAACACACAGCGGUAGUAGUGGAGGAAGUGGCAGUCGGGAGAAUAGUGGAAGCAGCAGUAUUGGCAUUCCCAUUGCUGUGCCUACACCUUCACCGCCAACCAUUGGACCAGCAUACAUUUCUGUUCCUCCUCCUCCUGGAGCCCCGCCAGCACCACCACUGCCACCACCUCUCCCGAUGGGCAGUCUGAUAGCUGCUCCGGGUUCAGCUCCUGGUUCCCAGUAUGGCACAAUGACCAGGCAAAUCUCGCGACACAACUCUACCACUUCUUCAACAUCUUCUGGUGGAUACAGACGGAAUCCUUCUGUGACUGCCCCAUUUUCUGCUCAACCUCAUGUUAAUGGCGGGCCUCUCUAUUCUCAAAAUUCAAUUUCUAUUGCUCCACCCCCUCCCCCUAUGCCCCAGUUGACUCCACAGAUACCUCUCACAGGCUUCGUGGCCAGGGUGCAGGAAAACAUUGCUGAUAGCCCGACUCCUCCCCCACCACCGCCUCCUGAUGAGAUGCCGAUGUUUGAUGACUCUCCUCCUCCUCCACCUCCACCCCCUGUGGAUUAUGAGGAUGAGGAGGCUGCAGUUGUGCAGUACAGCGAUCCCUACGCAGAUGGAGAUCCUGCUUGGGCACCUAAAAAUUAUAUAGAGAAAGUUGUUGCUAUAUAUGACUAUACAAAGGACAAAGAUGAUGAGCUGUCGUUUAUGGAGGGUGCAAUCAUUUACGUGAUCAAGAAGAAUGAUGAUGGCUGGUAUGAAGGAGUUUGCAAUCGAGUAACUGGCUUGUUUCCUGGGAAUUAUGUUGAAUCAAUCAUGCACUAUGCCGAUUAAAAUCCUUUGCUUUUCAAAGCUGGGUCUUGUAUUCAGUCAUGCCAUGGUUAUUUACAAGGGGUAAUUAAAAGCUAACAGAAUUGUCUUAAUAUACUUUCAAGAAAAAUGUGCCCGUUUCUUCUGUUUUAAUGGUAUGAUUGAAUGUCCACCUCUCUAAGUCUCUGGAGACGGUAUGUCUUACCUGAUGGCAAUUUGUAAAACAAGCAGCUGUCUAUAACUGGUUAUACUUAUUUACUUAUGCAUUGUUAAUUUUAUGACCAGCCUAAAUAUUCUGGGGAAGUAGGGUAUAAUAUUUAAUGAACCAUGAUCAGAUUGUGCCAUUACAUUUUUCAGUACAGCAUGGUAACUAACACUACGUUAGACUAACAUAUUAAAAUCUGGUUGAGAAGUUUAAUGUUAGUGCUGGUCAUAUUACUUUUUGUUUAGACUCUUUGCUCAUUCUUGAACUCUAUUUGUUUAAAGCAUGCAUACAAACUUAUGUAUUGAAAUAUACUUUUUUAAAAAUCCAAGAUGCUUCCAAUUGUUGUAAUCUUUACCUGGAGUAUUCUCAUUGAAGUCUAUUACAAUGAGUUGUUUGGGUCUAAGGUGUCCAUGUGAAUCAAAAAAUGGGUGGUCUUAUGUAUGUGUAAUUUGUACCCAAUUUUUUUUAAUGAGUAAAUUUACAUUAUGACUUUUUCCAUUCAUAAAUAUAUAAGUGAACCAAA